CUCUACAAACCCCUAUAUAUCACUCCCCCACUCCCUCUCUUUCUCUCCCUUUUCCCUCUCUUCCUCUCUCUCCGCCGAAUGAAGCAGAAAUCCACCAUCUCCUCCGCCCUCCACCGCCGCCUAUUUCCUAUCACCCUCCCACGAAAUAAUCAUGAAGCGUAGCGCCUCCGAGUUGGCCCUCGAAGAGUUCCUCAAAAAGGCCGCCGUCAUCUCUCCCGACGCCGACGACGACGUUUUCAAUCUCGAACGCGAGGAAGGAGUCAUCAGAAGCCCUAAAAGAGGCAAAAACUUCGUGGACUCCGCCGAUUCCGCCUGCUUCUUCGGCGAUAUUGAUUUCAGUUAUUUCCUCGCCAAAAAUAAUCGGGAGAUAAUGGACGCCAUUGUUAACCGUGGAGCUGGGCUGACGGAGGCUGCCAUAGAUUCCCAGUCUUCUAUUGUGAGCAGCCCGACAUCUGGUAGUAAUUUGAUGGGCAGAGAGCGCGGGAGAGGCAACAAUAGCGGGUCCUCGGAAGAUCAGUCAGACGAUGAAAUUGAAGCUGGCUCUUAUGAACAAAGCACUGACCCUCUUGCUUCCAAGAAAAUCAGAAGAAUGAUCUCGAACAGGGAAUCCGCUAGAAGAUCGAGACGAAGGAAACAAGCUCAUUUGAGUGAACUCGAGAGCCAGGUGAAACAGCUGAAAGGAGAAAAUGAAACGUUGUUCAACCAGCUUUUAGAUGCUAGUCAGCAAUACCGUGAUGCCAAUACUAAUAACCGGGUGCUUAAAUCAGACGUAGACGCGUUGAGAGCUAAGGUGAAGUUGGCUGAAGAUACACUUGCUAGAGGAUCAAUGACUAGCAGCUUGAAUCAGCUGCUGCAGAGUCAUUUGAGCACGCCGCAGCCUCUAACGGCGCUCCAUCGAAUGUCGAAUGUUGCAUCGCCGCCGCUCGAUCUAACCGGAGAUGAAGUUUCGUAUUCCGGCGUGAUGAUGUCGGGUCAGAACCCGAUCGUUGGGAUCCCGAACUGUGAUAUGCAUAUCAAAACUGGAAUGGCUAGUGAGGCUGUUAGCUGUGUUUCUGGGAUUUGGCCUAGAAAUUAAGCCUUUGUGUUUGGGUUGUAUGAUAGACUCUUAAACUUCCUCCACUACCCUCCCCCCUCUGUUCAUUGCUUUGGGUUAGUUUGAAUUGCCAUUUUACUCUGUUUUUGUUUAU